AUGGCGGUGAGGCAGAGGCGGCAGAGGCGCGGGCCGGGCGGCGGGCGAGCGCUGCUGGCCGCGCUGCUGCUGCUGCUGCUGUGCGUGUGGUGCCGGGCGGCGGGCGAGCGGCUCCGCUACGCCAUCCCCGAGGAGCUGGGCAGAGGCUCGCUCGUGGGGCCGCUGGCGCGGGACCUGGGGCUCAGCGCGGACGAGCUGCCGGCGCGCAAGCUGCAGGUGGCGUCUGCCGGCAAGAAGCAGCUGAAAUACUUCACAGUGAAUGAGGAGAACGGGAACCUGUACGUGAACGAGAGGCUGGACCGGGAGGAGAUGUGCGGCGAGUCGGCGACCUGCUCCGUCAGCUUCGAGGUGCUGGUGCACAACCCGCUGAACGUUUUCCACGUCGAGGUAGUGAUCGAGGAUGUUAAUGACAAUUCCCCGGCCUUCAGGAAGGCUGCUCUGGAUGUCGAAAUUGGUGAAUGGACUCUUCCCGGUUCUCGGUUUCCUUUGGAGACGGCACGAGAUGCUGAUGUGGGAAGUAACUCCCAGCUGACUUACCAGCUCAGCAGCAACCCGUCCUUCUCCCUGGCCUUAAAAGAGAGCCCCGACGGAAGCACGCAGCCAGAAUUGGUGCUGGAGAGAGCGUUGGACCGGGAGAAGCAGAGCUCUUUUGAUCUCGUGUUGAUGGCGGUCGAUGGCGGGGACCCCGCGAGGUCUGGGACUGUCCAGGUUCUUAUCAACGUGACAGACGCCAACGACAACCCGCCCGUAUUUAGCAAAAGCCUCUACGAAGCGGGAGUGUCAGAGAAUUUGCCAGCGGGGUCACUGGUACUUCAGGUACAGGCGAUGGAUGCAGACGCGGGCACCAACGGGCAGGUGUCCUACUCGUUUGGCAACGUCCCUGACGCUAUCAGUACAUUGUUUGCUGUCGAUAGGGAAACUGGAGAAGUCAGGACGGCGGGUGCCCUCGAUUUCGAGGAGAAGAGCAAAUACACAUUCGGCGUGGAGGCGAGGGAUGGUGGGGGUUUGGUAUCACACUGCAAGGUGCAAAUAGACGUCAUAGACGAGAACGACAACGCACCCGAGAUCAUGAUUCUGUCACUGUCGAGCCCAGUGCCUGAAGACGCGCCAGUCGGCACAGUGGUUUCCGUUCUGAACGUGAACGACCCGGACUCCGGCGAGAACGGUGAGGUGUCGUGCUCGCUGUCGGGAGAGGCGCCGCUGUCGAUCGUGGCGUCGUCGGGCGGCUCGUACAAGGUGGUGACAUCGGGCGCGCUGGACCGCGAGCAGGCGUCGGAGCAGCGCGUGACGGUGGUGGCCCGGGACCGGGGCAGGCCGGCGCUGUGGAGCAGCAGGGAGCUGGUGCUGGAGGUGUCGGACGUGAACGACAACGCGCCGGUGUUCGAGGAGGCGGCGUACAGCGCGUACGUGGCGGAGAACAACGCGGCGGGCGCGCUGGUGCUGCGCGUGCAGGCGCGGGACGCGGACGCGGGCGCCAACGGGCGCGUGAGCUACUGGCUGGCGGGCGGCAGCGCGGGCGCGGCGGGCGCGGCGCCGCUGGUGUCGGUGGAGGCGCGGAGCGGCGCGCUGUACGCGCAGCGCUCCUUGGACUACGAGCAGUGCCGCGAGUUCACAGUGGCCGUGCGGGCGCAGGACGGCGGCUCGCCGGCGCGCAGCUCCACGGCCACGGUGCGCGUCUUCGUGCUGGACCGCAACGACAACGCGCCCAGGGUGCUCUGGCCCGCGGCGGCGGCGGCGGCGGCGGGAGAGGGUCCGGGAGGGGCGGCGGCGGCGGCGCCUUUCGAGGUGGUUCCGCGCUCGGCCGAGGCCGGCUACCUGGUGGCCAAGGUGGUGGCGGUGGACGCGGACGCGGGGCGCAACGCGUGGCUGUCCUACGAGCUGGUGCAGGCGUCGGAGCCGGCGCUGUUCCGCGUGGGGCUGCACAGCGGCGAGGUGCGCACGGCGCGCGCCGUGGGCGAGCGGGACGCGGCCAAGCAGCGGCUGGUGGCCGUGGUGAAGGACCACGGGCAGCCGGCGCUGUCGGCCACGGCCACGCUGCACGUGGUGCUGGCCGAGAGCUUGCAGGAGGCGCUGCCAGAGCUGAGCGAGCGGCCGGCGGGCGCCGAGGCGGCGGCGGCGGCGGCGGCCGAGCUGCAGUUCUACCUGGUGCUGGCGCUGGCGCUGCUCUCGGCGCUCUUGGUGCUGAGCGUGGCGCUGGCCGUGCUGGCGCGGCUGCGCCGGGCCGGGCCGCCCGCCGUGCUGCGCUGCCUGGGCGCGCAGCGCUUCUCGCUGGCCGGCGCCGCCUUCCCGGCCGACUUCUGCGAGGGCACCUUGCCCUACUCCUACAACCUGUGCGUGCCGCCGCCCGCCCGCGCCCUGCCCGAGGCCGCUUGGCCGCCGCCGCCGCCGGUGCCCAUGCUGUCGGCGGAGGAGCUUCUGGGCGGCGAUUCCUGCGCGAAGCCGAGCCUGAGCAGUACCGCCGUGACGGGACAGCCACUGGCCGAACCCGACGCACCGCAGAGAACUCCGGCCACAGAAUGCCUCUGCCUUCCUCCCGAUGGUGAUAGCCUGGAGGAUGAAAGCAGAGAUGGGCUGGAGAAAUGCGGAGGCAGGAGAUCGGCGCUGGACGAAAGGCGCCAUCUCGGUGGCGACCGUGGCCUGUAUGGAGCAAGGCAGGGCGGGCAGCGCUGGGCAGCGCUCGGUGCCUGCAGUGCCGGGAGGAGGCUGCGGGCGCCGCUGUUGACCGAGAGGAGCGAGAGGAAGCUCGGAGCGCUGCCGGCAGCCCCGCCCGCUGCGGACCCGCUCGAUCACUCGCUCGCCGGAUUUCUGGUUCGGAAGCCCGGCGAUCUGCGAUCGUCCUCACACAAGCGCGGGUACCAGAGCAGCAAGAGGCAGCGAGGAGCCGCCGCGGGCGAGAUGUGCGCGGCGGGGAGGCGCUGGGGCCGGCGGCAGCGAGCUCUGCUCUGGGCCGUGCUGCUGGCGGCGUGGGAGGCGGCGUGGGGGCAGCUGCGCUACUCGGUGCCCGAGGAGAUGCCCAAGGGCUCGUUCGUGGGCGACGUGGCCAAGGACCUGGGGCUGCAGCUGACGGAGAUCCGAGAUCGCGGCGUUCAUAUCUUGGACAAAGGUAGGACGCAGUAUUUCGCUCUUCACGGGAAGACGGGACAUUUAGUGACAGCAGAGAGGAUCGACAGAGAGCAGCUGUGCGAGCGAGUGCAGCAAUGCGUGCUGCGCUGUGAACUGAUAGUGGAGGGAGAGAUGCAGGUUUAUGGGAUCCAAGUGGAAAUCACGGACAUUAACGACAACGCCCCCAGCUUCAGAGAGGCUGAGACAGAGCUGAGAAUGAGCGAGAUGACAGCCCCCGGAUCGCGGUUUGCCCUGGCCGAGGCUCACGACCCGGACUCGGGCCGGAAUUCGCUGCAGAGCUACGAGCUGAGCGGUGACGAGCACUUCUCGCUGGCCGUGCAGGCGGACCCCGGCGGCGAUCAGCGUCCCGAGCUGGUGCUGGCCAAGGCGGUGGACCGGGAGGAGGCGGCGUUUCACGAGCUGGUGCUGAGGGCGAGCGACGGCGGCGAUCCGGCACGGACGGGCACGGCUCGGAUCCGCGUGACGGUGCUGGACGCGAACGACAACGCGCCCGUGUUCAGCCAGGCGGAGUACACGGUGCGUGUGCCCGAGGACGUGCCUGUGGGCUCUGUUCUCGUCACCGUCACGGCCACGGACGCCGACGAGGGGCCGAAUGGUCAUGUGAAAUAUUUGCUGAAGAAAAUCACAGGGAAAGCCUCGCAGAUUUUCCAGCUCGAUGCUGAGAUAGGAGCGGUCACUCUGUUAGGGAGCCUGGACUACGAGGAGGGCAAUUCCUACGAACUGGAGGUGCAGGCACAUGAUGGCGGAGCUCUUUCCGACACUGCCAAAGUUAUAGUUACCGUAACGGAUGUGAACGACAACGCCCCUGUACUCACAGUGUCGUCGGCGCUAAGCGAGAUCUCUGAGGAUGCGCCGUCAGGGACGGUGGUCGCCCUGCUCCACGUGGAGGACCAUGACUCAGGGGCCAACGGCGAGGUUCGCUGCUCACUCGAUGGGGACGCCCCGUUCCGGCUAGAGAAAUCCUAUGAAGAUUACUACCGUGUGGUGACAGCGAGAGAACUGGACAGGGAGCAGGUGUCGGAGUACAACGUGACGGUGCGAGCGGCCGACGGCGGGUCGCCGGCGCUGCAGAGCAGCGCGGUGCUGGCGCUGCGGGUGCUGGACGUGAACGACAACGCGCCGGUGUUCUUGGAGGAGCGCUACAGCGCGCGGCUGGCGGAGAACAACGCGGCGGGCGCGCUGGUGCUGACGGUGCGCGCCACGGACGCGGACUGGGGGCAGAACGCGCGCGUGCGCUACCGGCUGGCGGAGGGGCGGGUGCGGGGCGCGCCGCUGUCGUCGUACGUGUCGGUGCAGGCGGAGACGGGCGCGCUGUACGCGCUGCGCUCCUUGGACUACGAGCAGCUGCGCGAGCUGCAGCUGUGCGUGCGGGCGGAGGACGGCGGCGCGCCGGCGCUGAGCAGCAACGUGUCGGUGCGGCUGCUGAUCGUGGACGAGAACGACAACGCGCCGCAGGUGCUGUACCCGGCGCCGGCCGCAGCGGCGGGCUCGGGCGCUGCUGCGGCGUGGUCGGGCGUGGAGCUGGCGCCGCGCUGGGCCGAGGCCGGCGCGCUGGUGGCCAAGGUGGUGGCGGUGGACGCGGACGCGGGGCAGAACGCGUGGCUGUCCUACGAGCUGGCCAAGGCCACGGAGCCGGGGCUGUUCCGCGUGGGGCUGCACAGCGGCGAGGUGCGCACGGCGCGCUCGCCGCUGGCCCGCGACGCGGCGCGCCACGUGCUGCUGGUGCUGGUGCGGGACCACGGGCGGCCGGCGCUGUCGGCCACGGCCACGCUGAGCGUGGUGCUGGCCGAGAGCGUGGCCGAGCUGCUGGCCGAGCUGGGCAGCGCGGCCCACGAGGCGGCGGCGCCGGGCGAGCCGGCCGCCAGCCUGACGCCCUGGCUCGUGCUGGCCGUGGCCGCCGUCUCGUGCCUCUUCGUGGCCUUCCUGCUGCUGCUGCUGGCGCUGCGCCUGCGCCGCUGCCACCGCCAGCAGCUGCUGCCGCCGGACAGCGGCGCCUUGCGCGGCGUGCCCGUCUCGCACUUCGUGGGCAUCGACGGCGUGCGCGCCUUCCUGCAGUCCUACUCGCACGACGUGUCGCUCACGGCCGACUCGCGCAAGAGCCACCUGCGCUUCUCGGCCGCCAGCUGCUGCGACACCCUCCCGGCCCGGCCGCCGCCCGACGAGCCCGCGCCGCUGCUCGGGGACGGGGACCCGGCCGGCGCCCUCCCCUCGGACCCCGCCCCUUCCUCGUCGGGGAGAGCCCCCGGGGCCGGUGCAGGCGCUGAGCCCCGGCCAAAGCCGGGCCCCGUUGAGCGCGGGCAUGCGGCGGCUGCAGUGUCGCGGCGGCGCCUCCGGGUGUCGCUGUUGGCCGGCGCCGAGCGGCGCUGGAGCCGCCGCCGCCGCAGCGUCCUGCCCCCGCAGGCUGCUCGCUCGGCCGGCGCCGGCCACAGCGGCAGCGGCACCGCCAGCAGCAGCAGCGGCGGCGAGAGGCGGCGAGAGGCGGCGAGAGGCGGCGAGAGGCGGCGCGGCGAGCUGGAGCGGCUGGAAGGGAGGCAGGGCAGCGGCAGUCGGCAGGAGCGCGGCGAGCGCAGUGGGCAGAGAAUGGCGGUGAGGCAGAGGCGGCAGAGGCGCGGGCCGGGCGGCGGGCGAGCGCUGCUGGCCGCGCUGCUGCUGCUGCUGCUGUGCGUGUGGUGCCGGGCGGCGGGCGAGCGGCUCCGCUACGCCAUCCCCGAGGAGCUGGGCAGAGGCUCGCUCGUGGGGCCGCUGGCGCGGGACCUGGGGCUCAGCGCGGACGAGCUGCCGGCGCGCAAGCUGCAGGUGGCGUCUGCCGGCAAGAAGCAGGUGAAAUACUUCACUGUGAAUGAGGAGAACGGGAACCUGUACGUGAACGAGAGGCUGGACCGGGAGGAGAUGUGCGGCGAGUCGGCGACCUGCUCCGUCAGCUUCGAGGCGCUCGUUCAGAACCCGCUGAACAUUUUCCACGUCGAGGUGUCGAUCGAGGACGUAAAUGACAAUUCCCCGGCCUUCAGGAAGGCUGCUCUGGACCUGGAGAUUGGUGAAUGGACGCUUCCCGGUGCUCGAUUUCCCCUUGAGACGGCACGAGACCCUGACGUUGGAAGGAAUUCGCUGCUGACGUACCAUCUUACCAGCAACCCGUCCUUCUCCCUGGCCUUAAAAGAGAGCCCCGACGGAAGCAAUCAGCCAGAAUUGGUGCUUGACAGAGCUUUGGACCGGGAGAAGCAGAGUUCCUUUGAUCUGGUGCUGCUCGCGGUCGAUGGCGGGGACCCCGCGAGGUCUGGGACUGUCCAGGUUCAUAUCAAUGUGACGGAUUUAAAUGACAACCCGCCCGUAUUUAGCAAAAGCCUCUACGAAGCGCGAGUGUCAGAGAAUUUGCCAGCGGGAUCAGUGGUACUGCAGGUUCAGGCGACGGAUGCAGACGCGGGCACCAACGGGCAGGUGUCCUACUCGUUUGGCAACGUCCCUGACGCUAUCAGUGCAUUGUUUGCUGUCGAUAGGGAAACUGGGGAGGUCAAGACGGCGGGUGCCCUCGAUUUCGAGGAGAAGAGCAAAUACAUAUUCAGCGUGGAGGCGAGGGAUGGUGGGGGUUUGGUAUCACACUGCAAGGUGCAAAUAGACGUCAUAGACGAGAACGACAACGCACCCGAGAUCACGAUUCUAUCACUGUCGAGCCCAGUGCCUGAAGACGCAGCAGUCGGCACCGUGGUAGCCCUGCUGAAUGUAAACGACCCGGACUCCGGCGAGAACGGUCAGGUGUCGUGCUCGCUGUCGGGAGAGGCGCCGCUGUCGAUCGUGGCGUCGUCGGGCGGCUCGUACAAGGUGGUGACAUCGGGCGCGCUGGACCGCGAGCAGGCGUCGGAGCAGCGCGUGACGGUGGUGGCCCGGGACCGGGGCAGGCCGGCGCUGUGGAGCAGCAGGGAGCUGGUGCUGGAGGUGUCGGACGUGAACGACAACGCGCCGGUGUUCGAGGAGGCGGCGUACAGCGCGUACGUGGCGGAGAACAACGCGGCGGGCGCGCUGGUGCUGCGCGUGCAGGCGCGGGACGCGGACGCGGGCGCCAACGGGCGCGUGAGCUACUGGCUGGCGGGCGGCAGCGCGGGCGCGGCGGGCGCGGCGCCGCUGGUGUCGGUGGAGGCGCGGAGCGGCGCGCUGUACGCGCAGCGCUCCUUGGACUACGAGCAGUGCCGCGAGUUCACGGUGGCCGUGCGGGCGCAGGACGGCGGCUCGCCGGCGCGCAGCUCCACGGCCACGGUGCUCGUCUUCGUGCUGGACCGCAACGACAACGCGCCCAGGGUGCUCUGGCCCGCGGCGGGGCCGGCGGCGGCGGGAGAGGGUCCGGGAGGGGCGGCGGCGGCGGCGCCUUUCGAGGUGGUUCCGCGCUCGGCCGAGGCCGGCUACCUGGUGGCCAAGGUGGUGGCGGUGGACGCGGACGCGGGGCGCAACGCGUGGCUGUCGUACGAGCUGGUGCAGGCGUCGGAGCCGGCGCUGUUCCGCGUGGGGCUGCACAGCGGCGAGGUGCGCACGGCGCGCGCCGUGGGCGAGCGGGACGCGGCCAAGCAGCGGCUGGUGGCCGUGGUGAAGGACCACGGGCAGCCGGCGCUGUCGGCCACGGCCACGCUGCACGUGGUGCUGGCCGAGAGCUUGCAGGAGGCGCUGCCGGAGCUGAGCGAGCGGCCGGCGGGCGCCGAGGCGGCGGCGGCGGCGGCCGAGCUGCAGUUCUACCUGGUGCUGGCGCUGGCGCUGCUCUCGGCGCUCUUGGUGCUGAGCGUGGCGCUGGCCGUGCUGGCGCGGCUGCGCCGGGCCGGGCCGCCCGCCGUGCUGCGCUGCCUGGGCGCGCAGCGCUUCUCGCUGGCCGGCGCCGCCUUCCCGGCCGACUUCUGCGAGGGCACCUUGCCCUACUCCUACAACCUGUGCGUGCCGCCGCCCGCCCGCGCCCUGCCCGAGGCCGCUUGGCCGCCGCCGCCGGUGCCCAUGCUGUCGGCGGAGGAGCUUCUGGGCGGCGAUUCCUGCGACAAACCGAGCCCGAGCACUGACCUCGUCGAGGGAGAGCCGCCCGCCAAUCCCGAUGCACCACAGAAUGCCUCUGCCUUCCUCCCGAUGGUGAUAGCCUGGAGGAUGAAAGCAGAGAUGGGCUGGAGAAAUGCGGAGGCAGGAGAUCGGCGCUGGACGAAAAGCGCCAUCUCGGUGGCGACCGUGGCCUCGGGAUUGGAUCGGCGGUGCUGCGGUGCCGGCGGUUCCGCGGGCGAGAUGUGCGCGGCGGGGAGGCGCUGGGGCCGGCGGCAGCGAGCUCUGCUCUGGGCCGUGCUGCUGGCGGCGUGGGAGGCGGCGUGGGGGCAGCUGCGCUACUCGGUGCCCGAGGAGAUGCCCAAGGGCUCGUUCGUGGGCGACGUGGCCAAGGACCUGGGGCUGCAGCUGAAGGAGAUCAGCGACCGGGCCGUCCGCAUUGUCUCGGAAGGUAGCACGCAGUAUUUCGCUCUGCACGGGAAGACGGGACAUUUAGUGACGGCGGAGAGGAUCGACAGAGAGCAGCUGUGCGAGCGUGUGCAGCAAUGCGUGCUGCGCUGUGAGCUGAUAGUGGAGGGACAGAUGCAGGUUUACAGAAUCGAAGUGGAAAUCACUGAUAUUAACGACAACGCUCCAAGCUUCAAGGAAAGUGAAGUUGAGGAGAGGAUUAGCGAGACGACAGCUCCAGGGUCUCGGUUUCCCCUCGCAAGGGCUCACGAUCCAGAUUCUGGCCGGAAUUCGCUGCAGAGCUACGAGCUGAGCGGUGACGAGCACUUCUCGCUGGCCGUGCAGGCGGGCCCCGGCGGCGAUCAGCGUCCCGAGCUGGUGCUGGCCAAGGCGGUGGACCGGGAGGAGGCGGCGUUUCACGAGCUGGUGCUGAGGGCGAGCGACGGCGGCGAUCCGGCACGGACGGGCACGGCUCGGAUCCGCGUGACCGUGGUGGACGCGAACGACAACGCGCCCGUGUUCAGCCAGGCGGAGUACACGGUGCGUGUGCCCGAGGACGUGCCCGUGGGCUCUGUCCUCGUCACUGUCACGGCCACGGACGCCGACGAAGGUCUGUACGGGGAAAUUGAAUACUCGUUGAAGAAAGAGGCAGACACGGCUGUUUUCCAUCUUGACUCUGAGAGUGGAGCUAUCACUCUGUUGCAGAGCCUGGACUUCGAGGAAGACGACUCCUACGAACUGGAGUUGCAAGCACGGGACGGAGGACAGCUUUUAGACACUGCCAAAGUCGCGAUCAGUGUCACUGACAUAAACGAUAACGCACCCGAGAUUUCUGUGCGGUCAGCGCUACGUGAGAUUUCCGAGGACGCUCCUUCGGGGACAGUGGUAGCUCUGCUGCACGUGCAGGACCGGGACUCGGGGGUGAACGGCGAGGUGCGCUGCUCUGUCGACAAGGACGUCCCGUUCCGGCUGGAGAAGUCUUUUGAGGAUUACUACCGUGUGGUGACGGCGAGAGAGCUGGACCGGGAGCAGGUGUCGGAGUACAACGUGACGGUGCGGGCGGCCGACGGCGGGUCGCCGGCGCUGCAGAGCAGCGCGGUGCUGGCGCUGCGGGUGCUGGACGUGAACGACAACGCGCCGGUGUUCUUGGAGGAGCGCUACAGCGCGCGGCUGGCGGAGAACAACGCGGCGGGCGCGCUGGUGCUGACGGUGCGCGCCACGGACGCGGACUGGGGGCAGAACGCGCGCGUGCGCUACCGGCUGGCGGAGGGGCGGGUGCGGGGCGCGCCGCUGUCGUCGUACGUGUCGGUGCAGGCGGAGACGGGCGCGCUGUACGCGCUGCGCUCCUUGGACUACGAGCAGCUGCGCGAGCUGCAGCUGUGCGUGCGGGCGGAGGACGGCGGCGCGCCGGCGCUGAGCAGCAACGUGUCGGUGCGGCUGCUGAUCGUGGACGAGAACGACAACGCGCCGCAGGUGCUGUACCCGGCGCCGGCCGCAGCGGCGGGCUCGGGCGCUGCUGCGGCGUGGUCGGGCGUGGAGCUGGCGCCGCGCUGGGCCGAGGCCGGCGCGCUGGUGGCCAAGGUGGUGGCGGUGGACGCGGACGCGGGGCAGAACGCGUGGCUGUCCUACGAGCUGGCCAAGGCCACGGAGCCGGGGCUGUUCCGCGUGGGGCUGCACAGCGGCGAGGUGCGCACGGCGCGCUCGCCGCUGGCCCGCGACGCGGCGCGCCACGUGCUGCUGGUGCUGGUGCGGGACCACGGGCGGCCGGCGCUGUCGGCCACGGCCACGCUGAGCGUGGUGCUGGCCGAGAGCGUGGCCGAGCUGCUGGCCGAGCUGGGCAGCGCGGCCCACGAGGCGGCGGCGCCGGGCGAGCCGGCCGCCAGCCUGACGCGCUGGCUCGUGCUGGCCGUGGCCGCCGUCUCGUGCCUCUUCGUGGCCUUCCUGCUGCUGCUGCUGGCGCUGCGCCUGCGCCGCUGCCACCGCCAGCAGCUGCUGCCGCCGGACAGCGGCGCCUUGCGCGGCGUGCCCGUCUCGCACUUCGUGGGCAUCGACGGCGUGCGCGCCUUCCUGCAGUCCUACUCGCACGACGUGUCGCUCACGGCCGACUCGCGCAAGAGCCACCUGCGCUUCUCGGCCGCCAGCUGCUGCGACACCCUCCCGGCCCGGCCGCCGCCCGACGAGCCCGCGCCGCUGCUCGGGGACGGGGACCCGGCCGGCGCCCUCCCCUCGGACUCCGCCCCUUCCUCGGUAUAUGGGUGA